GGCGUUACCACUUCCUUUCUCGGCUGAGUGAGUUUGCGGACACGAAGUGUGUAGAGUGGUGGAGAGAAGUGUCUUUAGUUCGUUUACACCUUGUAACCAUGGCCCCCAGCACGCAAGCGGAUGCAACUGUCUCCGGUAUACGGAAAGGCAUUCGAGCCAUUCUGCUCGGCCCACCCGGAGCAGGGAAGGGGACGCAGGCACCCAAGCUUGCAGACAAGUACUGUGUGUGUCAUUUAGCUACUGGGGACAUGCUGAGGGCCAUGGUGGCAUCUGGAUCAGAACUCGGUCAGCGUCUAAAGGAAACCAUGGAUGCUGGCAAACUGGUGAGUGAUGAGAUGGUGGUGGAGCUCAUAGACAACAAUCUGGACACGCCUGCAUGCAAGAAUGGAUUCCUGCUGGACGGUUUCCCCCGUACCGUCAAACAGGCAGAAAUGCUGGACGGCCUCUUGGAGAAGCGUAGUGAGAAACUGGACUCUGUGGUUGAAUUCUCCGUUGAUGACUCCUUGCUAGUACGCAGGAUCUGUGGGAGGCUCAUUCACCAGCCCAGUGGCCGAUCUUACCAUGAAGAGUUCAACCCCCCCAAAGAGCCUAUGAAAGAUGAUGCGACCGGUGAGCCUCUUAUUCGCCGCAGUGACGACAACGAGACGACUCUGCGCUCCCGUCUGGAGUCGUAUCACCGGCUGACGUCUCCUCUAGUGCAGUACUACAGUACCCGUGGCCUGCACACUGCUGUCGAUGCUUCUCAGUCCCCCAACCUCGUCUUCGCCUCCAUCCUCGCUGCCUUCUCUGCUGCUACCUCUGCAUGAAAUCCAGUUUCUCCCAUCCAGGUUGAUCCAGAUGUGAAAAUAAUGGAUGGGGGGGGGGGGGGGGGGAAGGGGGAAGCUGGAAGUGUCUCUGAUGUUAAUUUUGAUCAUUCCUUGUAGUGAUUGUUUUUUGUAAUGAACACAGAUUUGACUGAAAACCAGUUGAUUACCUCCAAUAAACUUGGGAGACUAUUUUGUACUACCUA